CAAACAGCUAUGGUUGUGACAGAGUUUCUUCCUGACAUCUGAGUGUUUCUCCUGCUACACGGAAAGCUUGCUGGGAGGGGCUUGGAAUCUGGCAUGAAGCCAGAGGGCAUCUCUGAGUUGCAGCAUUUAAAUGAUCCCACUCAGAGAUUCACACAGAAGACUGGACACAAUUCUGAAGAGUUGCCCAGAAGGAGAGAACAAUGUCAUCACUACCUGUACCAUACACACUGCCUGUUUCCUUGUCUGUUGGUUCCUGCGUGAUAAUCACAGGGACACCGAUCCUCACUUUUGUCAAGGACCCACAGCUGGAGGUGAAUUUCUACACUGGGACGGAUGAGGACUCAGAUAUUGCUUUCCAAUUCCGACUGCACUUUGGUCAUCCUGCAAUCAUGAACAGUCGUGUGUUUGGCAUAUGGAGGUACGAGGAGAAAUGCUACUAUUUACCCUUUGAAGAUGGCAAACCAUUUGAGCUGUGCAUCUAUGUGCGUCACAAAGAAUACAAGGUAAUGGUAAAUGGCCAACGCAUUUACAACUUUGCCCAUCGAUUCCCGCCAGCAUCUGUGAAGAUGCUGCAAGUGUUGAGAGAUGUCUCCCUGACCAGAGUGCUUAUCAGCGAUUGAGGGAGAUGAUCAGACUCCUCAUUGUUGAGGAAUCCCUCUUUCUACCUGACCAUGGGAUUCCCAGCUCCUGCUAACAGAAUAAUCCCUACUCACCGUUUCCCCUACACUUGAUCAUUAAAACAGCACCAAACCCCA